GCGUAACGGUGCUGUUGUCAGGUUCGAGUUCGUUCUUCGUCCGUUUACUCUUGUUUCACCUGCUCUGUGUUUUGUAACAAUACUCAUUUCUUUUCUGUAAACAAUGCAGAUGACUUAAAAAGCUAUAUAUUUAAUUUACAAUAUUGUCUUACUUCCUUGUGUGGCUUGGUGUGAUAAUGUUAGUUUAAUUUACUUCAAAUAUAGAGAAGUUUGGAGUUUUAAAAAUCUGCUCAGUUUUUGUCUACGAAAAGUAAUAUUGACUUCACGUGUUAUUGUGACAGAGAAUUGUGUGCUCUUAAGGAAGACAGAUGAAAUGUUGAAGAAGAAAAUUUUACUCCACGUCAUCGUGUAAGAAGACUGUCAUGAAUUUUGGUUUCUAAUGGCACCCAGACUGCUCAUCAUGGAGGUGUGGCACCCUUCAGCGCGUGGUGGAGGCCGAGGAGGAGGAGGAGGAGGGGGAGGAGGAUGGGGGAUCAUGGGGGGUGGAGGAUGGGCAGUUCCUCACGCGAGAAUAUCUUCGGGAAUAUCACUACAACUCGCGUUACCCCUCCUCCUGCUGCUGCUGCUGCUUAUUGUUCCGUUUCCCUCUGCUGCCGCUACUGCUCCUCAGUCGCAAGGUGAGUCUCCCCCGACCACCGUCGAUGACGAAGUCGAAACGCUCCUCCGGCUGGAAAGGCUCGACGAAAAGGUAAUUGACAGCGUAGUCCAGAUGGAGUUUGGGAAAGUCCUGGGAGGAGGAGGAGGAGGAGACCAAGGUGGAGAUGGAGAAGGAGAUCGAGAACUACUGGAAACAGAUGCUGGUAGUCAGUCUGGCGAAAGACGAGAGUCGGAAGUAGAAAAAGAAGAAUCGGUGGACGAGUCCUUGGGAGACAAUCGGAAAGAGAGCAAAAGAUCUGGUGAGAGAAGGCGGGAGAAAGGAGGAAACAGAAAAGCCGGAAGUAAAAGUGACCGAAGAAAAGGGGCGAAAGAAAGAGACAAGGCUGGACAUAAAAAGAAGGGAGGAGGAGAAGAGGCUUGGGAAGGGGGAGCCGAUUUACUCAGCGCUAAAGAGGAUAAAUCAAAAAAAGCUGAGAGUGCAGAAGGGGCAUCCCGAGGGGAAGGGCUGGGGGAGAAGGAGGAGGAGGUCGAGGAGGAGGAGGAGGAGGCUGCUGCUGUACGGCCUCCAACAAAUCGCACGGACCGCGGGCAUUUCAGGGUUGGCAAUGAAACAAUGAUUACCUACACGGAGGACGUGCAGGAAGAUUCGCCCCUGUACCUCGAUCUGGUGGAUUUCCUGCCCCCGACCACCACUGAAGCUCCUGAGACCCACAGUCCGCAAGGGUGUUCGUCCCCCCUCGGCCUGAGCACGGGGGAGGUCCUGGACUGGCAGAUCUCGGCGUCCUCCUCCUACCCUUCGUCCUGGGACCCCGGGUGCCACAUCAAGUACGCCCGCCUUCACCAGCCCAAUGGAAGAGCCUGGUGCGCCGGCAGUAAGCAGGCAGGGGAGUGGGUCCUGGUGGAUCUGGGAGUUCCUGCCAAGGUGACGGGGCUAUUGACGCAAGGCAAAGGCGACGAGGAGGAGUGGGUCACGUCCUUUGAGCUGUCUUACUCUCUCGAUGCCUACCAUUGGCACUAUGCCAGGGACAUCUACAACAACAAAAAGGUGUUCCAAGCCAACAUCAAUUCCCACGAAAUCCGUCACAACUACGUGGAGCCGCCUCUGGUGGGACGGUUCGUGAGGGUCCACGUGAUCGACUGGCAUGCCCACCCUUCGCUGAGACUAGAAUUGCUCGGAUGUCAAGAGUGCAAAGCCAUUAUCAGCGAAGGGUCGCACGUUCAGCUUUCUGCCAGCUCCUCCGUGCCUUGGACUCGUAGGAAAUCCUGCCAGCCUACAGAUUCCUCCCUGCACUCGCACAGGGCGUGGUGUGCCCGAAGGAAAGAUGAGCACCAGUGGUUGCAGUGGGACCUGGGACCGCCUCAUCUAGUGACGGGGAUUAUCACCCGGGGCCGAGGUGACACGGGCCGGAAGCACUGGGUCAAAGCCUACACCCUGACCUACUCCAACGAUUCCAAAGUGUGGUUCACUUACAAAGAUGGCAACCACUUAGACACCAAGGUUUUCGGGGGCAACUUGGACAAGCACACGGAGAGGCGCCACUACCUGAACACGCCCUUCAAAGCCCGCUUCGUGCGCCUUCAUCCCAAGAGGUGGCGGAGGGCAAUUGCUGUGCGGGCGGCCCUCCUCGGCUGUCCACACAAAGGCGACUGCGGAGAGGGUUUCUUCCGCGUCACCCCUGACACUAAUUGCAUUGAGAACUUGGCGUACAAAGGGAAGACGUGGGUUAACGACAAGAGGCACCAGUGGUCUGGGUGGGACUACGGUCCGGCUAGUUUAGCCGUCGACGGGCAGAAGGACACGAGCCUGAGGUCCUGCGCCAUUGUUGACAAUUACUUAGUCGAUGAGCCAGUGUGGAGUGUUGCCCUGGGCAAGAAGAGAAGGGUAAGAGGGGUCGUCAUCCUCACCUGGCAAGGCAGAGGACAAGACCAGCAAACAUUGUAUCGCGAUUAUGUCUUUGGUUUAGAUCGACUGACAGUAUAUGUCGAAAACCAAGCAAGGCUAGACGCUCCCAAUUCACAAGACCACAAAAAAUGCGCCUCCGUCACUAGACUUAAUAAUGCACUUUUCAGAGAACGCGUCCACAUUGAGUGUCCGCAGCCGAUUGAGGGGCGGUACGUCUACAUCAAAGCAGGAGGGGUUGCCAACCGUUGGCACAGAGUCUUCUCUCUGGUCUUAUGUGAAGUAGAAAUAUAUUAGAAAUGAAAAGUGACAACCGAACGAUCUAUAAGUGACUGUGGCCUCACUGCUGAACUUACAGUGCCUGCAGAGAUACUCAUCUCGGUUAAAAGAUUUCACUUGCAAGGAUGCGAGUUUACCAGAACGGUGAAGGAACUGGACGUGCCAAAACUCGCUGAGUGUUGUUGUAGUUGUUGUGUAUUGUAAGAGCGCAUGUCACCCCUGCAGUUUGAAAUUCAGUGACGCUCUUGGUGAAAUGCGCUCGAAAGUGAAAUGGAAAACAAUGAGAGGAAUAUUGAAUGUCAAGUUUUGUGUUGACGAAAAACAGUUCUGAGAGGAAGAAGCGAGAGUGAGAAGACAAAAGAAUGUAUAACGGUUUCUCUGUUGAUCUUGAAAGCUCCUUGGAAUUUGUUGCAGUUGUUUUGGAAAAGGAAAUGCAGAAGGUGUUCCUGUAGUGCAAAUAAGUGAACGUAAUAAGCCUAUGUCACUUGAACGAAGACUUUGAAAACUCUUGCAACAAAAGCUCAUAUCUUUUACAAGAAAGUGAACAUUGAUUCUCGCUCUCUUUGGAUGUUAGAACAAAGUCUGACCAGAAGAUGUCAUGGUGCACAUACGAAGUAUUGUUCUUCCGUAGACUGUAUAUUAUGCCUUUACCUCAUGAUAUUAGAUGCAAGUUCCACUAAUAUAUUAACAGUGUAUAAAUAUAGAAAGA